ACUCGAUCAAUUUCAUCUAAAUCUCUAAGCGUUAACGAACCCUUGUGAAAUUCUCCUAGUCACGCUAGAAAGGUGUCUUCACCGAACAGUGGAAAUGUUGUCUUCAGCCAAACCUAAGAGAUCAGCCAAGAAGGAGCCUGCAUACUCAUUGGGUUUCGCAAUUGGAUGCUUUUUAAAUAGUUUUUGCUAAUAUGUACGGUUCGCUGCUUCGAACGGGUCGUUUGGCUCGUAGAGCUCUCGAUACCCAAUCUUUAAGAAACAUCCAAAUUCCUCGCGCAUCAUCACUUUGGAGCUUCCAAUGCAGACGUUGGAAUUCAAACAAUGCUAAAAAUGCUGAUGAUAAUUAUCGCGAUCUUCACAUCCCGGGAAUUAUCGAGGAUAAUAUUUCUCCAGCAACUGCUGAAAAAGAAAGCUCCCAUGUCUCUUUUGACAUCCCAAAGGAAAUGCUUUUGCCCGAUGGAACACCUGAUUAUUUGCGCCUUACGUUGACUUCUCACGUUUACGAUGUGAUUGAAGAAACACCUUUGACAAAAGGUGUCGUCAUUUCUGAAAGUACCGGAGUUCCUGUUUAUUUGAAACGUGAAGAUCUUACCCCCGUUUUCUCUUUCAAAGUUCGUGGCGCUCACAACAAGAUGGCUUCUCUUGACCCGAAAUUACUGGAACGCGGUGUAAUUGCCUGUUCAGCCGGUAACCAUGCCCAGGGUGUUGCUUAUUCUGCUAGAAGAUUGGGUGUUAAGGCGACUAUUGUGAUGCCCCAAAACACUCCUGACAUCAAAUGGAAAAACGUAAAGAGACUCGGUGCUAACGUUUUGUUACACGGUGCCAACUUCGAUAUCGCCAAACAAGAAUGCAAUCGUCUUGCCGAGGAACAGAACCUUCGUAUCAUUCAUCCUUAUGAUGAUCCUUACGUGAUUGCUGGUCAAGGUACUGUUGGUUUAGAGAUUCUUCACCAACUGGAUCUCCGUAAGUUAGAUGCUAUUUAUUGUGCCAUUGGUGGUGGUGGUCUUAUUGCCGGUAUCAGUGCUUAUGUAAAACGAAUUGCUCCUCAUGUCAAGGUUAUAGGUGUCGAAACUUUUGAUGCUGAUGCGUUUUCACGCUCUGUAGAAGAGAAAAAGCGCGUUACUUUGAAGGAUGUAGGUUUGUUUGCCGAUGGUACGGCUGUCAAAUUAGUCGGUCAAGAAACUUACAGGGUUGCUUCUAAAUAUGUUGAUGAUGUUGUCUUGGUCGAUAAAGAUGAAAUCUGUGCUGCCAUCAAAGAUGUCUUUUUGGAUACCCGUUCCGUCGUCGAGCCUUCAGGCGCUAUGUCUGUUGCUGGUAUGAAGCGCUACAUGGCAAAGCAUAAACCUCAAAAUCCUGAUUCAGCUUCUCAAGUAUGUGUCUUGUCUGGCGCCAACAUGGAUUUCGACCGUCUUCGCUUUGUCGCCGAACGUGCAGAUCUUGGUUUGAACAAAGAAGUUUUCUUGAGUGUUACUAUCCCUGAACGUCCUGGAUCUUUUGAAAAGCUCCACAGCAUCAUCACUCCUCGAAGCAUAACUGAGUUCUCUUACCGCUACGACAAUUCUGAGUAUGCCAACAUCUAUACAUCGUUUGUCGUCAAAGAUCGCAUGAAAGAACUUCCUGAAGUACUUCAGAAAAUUUCAGAACACAACAUGAUUGCCGUGGACAUUAGUGACAACGAGCUUGCUAAGACGCAUGCCCGUUAUCUCAUCGGUGGUAAAUCCGACGUGUUAAAUGAACGUUUAUAUAGAUUCGAAUUCCCUGAACGUCCAGGAGCUCUUAGUAAAUUUUUGAAGAGUUUGAAGGAAGUAUGCAGUAUUUCCUUGUUCCAUUACAGAAAUUGUGGUGGUGAUACUGCAAAUGUGCUUGCGGGUUUGCGAAUCAAGGAAGGUCAUUUGGAGAAAUUGAACGAAAUUUUAGAGACGAUGGGUUAUGCUUGGGUUGAUGAAACCAACAAUCCUGUAUAUCUGCGUUAUUUAAGAAAAUAAUUUUAUUCAUUGGAAACUUGUAAGAAAAAAAAAUGAACUGCGAAUUAGUUUUAUGAUGUUGGAGUUUCGCAACGGUUGAAAAAAAAAAAAGAAUUUUUUUGCUUUCUAUAAUAAUCAUCGACGUUAUUCCUGUGUUUUCUUAUUGAAUUUAAACCGUGUUUAUGAGAUAGGUUUAAAGGAUUGUACAACUUUUGGUAAAUAUAUAUAUGGAACUGGGAUUGUGUUUCUUCAAAAAAUAAGAAUCUUUUCUAUUUUAUGCAAAAAGCAGAGGAGAUGGUAUGUAGUAUGCGAUUAGAACUGUAUAUCGAUUUGUCUGUUUGUCUGUCUAUAGAAGAAUAAUGGAACAAUC